GCUAUCAGCAUGCUCCAGUCCCGGGCCCGGCGCGGCUCCCUGGCCUCGAGCGACGGAUGUGUGGGCAGCGAGGACGACGCCGACGAGGGCCGGACGGAGGGCGACCUGCUCUUCGCUCAGAAGUGUGCGGAGCUGCAGGGGUUUGUCAGACCCCUCCUGGAGCUGUUGAAUGGGCUGAAGAGAGGACGCUAUGACCGAGGUACACUUCCCCCACACCCCCAGCUGUGGGGUAGGGUGGGGUGGGGCUGUGGUCUCUUGAGGGGCUGUGGGCUCCCGUGGGGCUGUGGAGUGGGGUUGUGGGCUCCCGUGGGGCUGUGGAGUGGGGCUGUGGGCUCCCGUGGGGCUGUAGCCGCUGGAUUUGGGACACGGGGCGAUGAGACGAGAGCUUACCCUCCACUCCCCCAGCUUCCUGCUCCUGCAGGGGUGGGAGAGGACAGGGGAGCAGGCCUGGGCCAGGAAAGCACCAAGCGGCAGGAGCAGAGUGGACCGACGCCAGGCGGCGAGAACAAAGACUCCGUCUGCGUCCUCGGCUCGGCCCGGCCCCCCCUUCGCUCGGCGGGCGAGGUGGGAUUCGGGACUCGGGACAUGUCUGCUCCCCUCCCCCAGGCCCUGGGGACUGAGCGGGGAGGGAAGGGGGGUCCAGCGCGGACCAGGCUGCGUGAUGCCAGCGAUGGGCUGAGAGGGGGACAGGUGAGAGGAGGAGAUCAGGUGAGUGCACAGGUGACUGUAACGGACUGUCUCUUAAAACACUGUCAUUCUCGCAGAAUCCGAAACCUCACGAACCCCGCGAAGAAGUUCAAGGUGGAGGCGAACGCCAACCAGCUGUACCUGACGGGCACAGUGGUCCUUCACCGGGACGUGAACAUCGUGGUGGUGGAGGGAGGUCCCAAAGCGCAGAAGAAGUUCAAACGGCUGAUGCUUCACCGGAUCAAGUGGGAUGAGCAGACAAACUCCAAACGGGAUGAUGCCGAGGGCUCGGACGAGGAGGGGCUGAAGAAGAAGAAUAAGUGCUCUCUGGUCUGGGAGGGCACGGCCAAGGAGCGCAGCUUCGGGGACAUGAAGUUCAAGCAGUGCCCCACGGAGAACAUGGCCCGGGAGCACUUCAGGAAGCACGGCACGGAGCACUACUGGGACCUGGCGCUGAGCGAGUCUGUGCUGGAGACCGCCGAGGACUGAGAGCCUGGGACUGCUGGGAGAGAGGGGCUGGCAGACUAGCACUGCUGGGCUGAGAGGAACUGGGAGACUAGGACUGCUGGGCUGAGAGGAACUGGGAGACUAGGACUGCUGGGGGACAGAGAGA